GAAGUUCAACCCAUGUCUCUGGAAGGACGAAACCAAAAAAGUUGGUCAGACACCCACAAUACACACAAUAAAAUUGAUAAGACAGGGAUCUGGAUUGACGAUAAGAGGGGGUCACGUAACCAGUAGGGACGAGACACGAGAGGAAAUAAGUUUCAGAUAAUUCAAACAAAGCUAGUCGGCCCUACACCCUAAAUAAAGAUGACGCAUAUUAUGACUAUGAUUAUAACUCUGACGUAAUAUUGGAGAUCCCAUAUGCGGCAAUGGAUCUCAUCCUCGCUCUGAUUAUCUGUGUUACAAGCAUAUCAAUAUUUAUCCUCCGAUCAAAAUUCCAAUUGAACAAGUUGACUCGAGAGUUGCGCGAGUUAAGGAAAGAACAAGCCUUUCAAACCGAACAAAUCCAGCACCUACAAGAGGAACAGAGACGUCUUGCAUUCCAAGUUGCACGUCUUCACCUCGCUCGAGUCCAGGAGAGGCGACACGCAUAAAAAGCAAAGAAAUUAAAACAUCAACUGUGCCGUGCGGUGGUGUCUAUUAGAGUGUGUGUGGCGACUUGAUUAAUAUUUCCUGGUUGAGGAAAUGCUGAAAAAUCAUUCACCAUCUUCCAACCGAACCACUAACAAUAAUGGAGUAGAAGUCGCACUGGAUAACUCCAAGAGUAAUAAGAGCAAGAGUCCAUCAGCAACAGCAGAUACUACUUCCGCAAAGCACAUAACCACUACACCCAGCUCAAUUAGUACUACUACCACUAAUACUGCUCCUCCUCCCUUAAACAAACCACCUGCCGCUACCCCAACCAAUAUCCGGCGAACGAGAGUAUUCACACCAAGUAAUAAACGAUCUGCGAGUGCCGCCAGUGGUGGAGGAGGAGGAGGGAGAAGUCCGACACGGAGUAAUUCUUCGUCUUCCUCUUCGAUAUCUGCGACUUCUGGAGUCUCGUCAUCCAGACAUUCUUGCGUCGACCGGAGACGUUCCGCUCCAACCACGGGGGCAAACAGUAGCAACGCCAACGCCGCCACGACAACGACGACGACGACUGAAGGAGGAGGUGGAGGAUCAACUUUUUCUCCUUCCACCACUACCGCCAUCACUACUGGAGUAGGAGGAGUAGCUACACCACCCACAACUAGCACUAGUAGUAAUCGUCAUCAUAAUUGUCAACAGGGUCAUCAAAGUGGUGGUGGUGGUCAGCAUCUCCAUCAUCAAAUAAGUGCUCCUUCACCUCAAUCGGGAAAUCGAAAUCCAGCACUAUCCAACCGGGCAAGUAGUUCCUGUACAACAAACAUCGCGCCCACGGCUGUCCGUCAUCAACAAAACCGGAUAAGGUCGCCAUCUCCUCACUCCCUCCUGUUGAGAAGACACAACACGACGACUGGAAUUGAAGAGAGUAGUGGUUCGACAGGAGAUAUUCGUCAACCAUCCCUCAGGGGUAACGGUCGUCAAACGUCGCUGGACUCGUUUCUUCCUCACAAACAUAAUGUGACGACGACCACGACAACGGACCAUCUUCAUCACUCUUCCUCUACCACGUCCGAGGGGAAAAGAACGAAUGUCGACAGUGGAGGUGGAGCAGGGAAAAAUAACAAGAUCAUCAUUGAGGUCGGUGGUGAUGGAAGUAGUGCAACGACCCAUUCCAUCAUUAGCGGAGGAAAAAAAUCACCAGGAGCCACCAACAAGUCGUCGACACCCAUUCCUGCAUCCCGCAUUGUUAAUACCACAAGUCAAGAACAAGAUAACAACGUUGCAAAUAAUAACGUUCCACCUCCAACAGACGAUGUCGAUCUUGUCACCAGCACCCUCAAGAACGAAUUAUUGUUGGAAUGUAUUAAAGAAGAACCACGCACUUCCUCUAGGGGUAGUUCUCUAACCACCACAACGACGACUUUGUCCACUUCCAAAACUAAUAUUAUAAUGGCCACAACUACGACUGCUGAAGGGAACGUGGACGAGGAAAAGGAUUCCUCUAGUACGACCAAACAAGAACCUGACGACAAAGACCCAGUCGAUCCCACCACCACCACCACUCCACUACAAGAUGGUAGUAUAGUCCCCAGUAGUGUCAUCACGACAGAUGCUGCUGCCACCAUCACCACUGCGACUACCACUUUGGAUAUCGAUUCUGCCACGAAACAGGCCGCCCAACAACGCGUCCGCUCUGACACUGAGGAGGGUGAGGAUGAAGCCGUCGACGUCAGCCCGGACGGACGCUAUCUAAAAUUCGACGAGGAAAUUGGUAGAGGCAGUUUUAAAACGGUGUAUCGCGGAUUGGAUACGCAAACCGGGGUUUCAGUGGCGUGGUGCGAGUUACAGGAGAAGAAAUUGAGCAAGACUGAACGCCAGAGAUUUCGCGAAGAGGCGGAAAUGCUAAAAGGGCUUCAACACCCUAACAUUGUCCGUUUUUAUGACUAUUGGGAGGUUUCUGGCACCAAAAGAAAAUAUAUCGUACUCGUAACCGAGCUAAUGACUAGCGGAACACUUAAAAUGUAUCUGCGUCGAUUUAAGAAAAUUAAUUUAAAAGUGCUAAAGUCCUGGUGUCGCCAAAUAUUGAAAGGCCUUUACUUCCUCCACUCCAGAACGCCCCCAAUCAUACACAGAGACUUGAAAUGUGACAAUAUUUUCAUUUCGGGGACCACUGGUUCCGUGAAGAUUGGUGAUUUGGGUCUCGCCACCCUCAAAAAUCGCUCCUUUGCCAAGUCAAUCAUCGGCACGCCAGAGUUCAUGGCGCCCGAGAUGUACGAAGAGCACUAUGACGAGAGUGUGGACGUGUACGCGUUUGGCAUGUGCAUGUUGGAGAUGGCUACUUCCGAAUAUCCUUAUUCUGAGUGCACAGGACCCGCUCAGAUCUACAAGAAGGUCGUAUCGGGAGUCCGUCCCAAUAGUUUUGAAAAAAUCGAGACACCAGAAAUUCGCGAAAUAAUUGACCAAUGUAUCCGCUUGAAUAGAGAGGAGCGUCCGUCAGUUAAAAAAUUGCUAAGUCAUGAGUUCUUCGAAGAAGACCCUGGACUGAAGAUAGAAUUAGUCAAUCGAGAAGACGCUUUAAAUCUGGACGCUACGAAGGUGGAAUUUCGUCUCCGCGUCGUUGAUCCGAAGAAGAGGAGUAAUAAAUACAAGGAGAAUGAAGCCAUUCAGUUCGAAUUCGACAUUGUUAACGAUAAUCCAGAAGAAGUGGCACAAGAAAUGGUGAAAACUGGCCUCCUCGUCGAAGAGGAUAGUAAACUAGUCGGGAAGAUGUUACGAUCUCAAGUUGGUGGGCUGAGUCGUGAGAGGGAAGAUCGUCGCAAAUCGGCGGCUUUGUUGAAUCUCCAACUGGAAUCAGGCUACGUCACAAUGCAGACAGGAGACCACCAACACUUGAUCCACCAAGGUCAAGCCAUUUAUAUCCAACCGCCCCAGCAACAGCAAAUCUACACGCAUCAGGGCUAUCUCACCCCCGCCUUUCCCGUUGCAGGUGGACCGUUCGGUUCUCCACAGCCAAAUCCCAAUGGAACUCCCGUCUUUACCACCGCGUCUCCUUCGUACAUUAGUGUUGGUGACCCUGGCCAAUUCGCCACAUUUCAGAACAGUCCCCAACUUUAUGUGACUCAGCAAAUUGUCACAACCACGCCAAUGGCUGUCCCCAUACAUCCACAACAGAUACUUGGGUCGACAUCUCAUCCUUCCCUCCUCCCACUCACGGGCACUUCCUCCGCUGCCGAUACGCCCACAUCAGAAACUAUUUCACAAAAAGAUCUCGACCUCGUCUCUCCACUUAGCCAGUUCCUCCUCUUGCAAGAAAGUUUUAGCCCCAUCACCGUCACGGCACCAAUCCCCAAUGAUACCAUGGUAGUCACCUCUGAUGCCAAGAACUAUCCAGUCAUGACUGAAUCCGUGACGCAACCACAAUUUUUUUCUGAACAACAACAUCAAUCAACUCUACACAAUGAAAGUGACCCAUCUGCCGUUGUCCCUGCUGUUGCUGCUACUGCUGCUUCAAUAACUAAUCAUAAUAAUAAUCCUGAUAAUAAUAACGCUGCUAAUGUUGCUGAUAUUGCUACGACAUCGUCGGAGACACCGAGUGAAGUGCAGCAACUGCCGCCAUUGGUUCUAAAUUUGCAACAGAAUACGUUCAUACCCCCCACCAACGUCUUAACCAACCCUCCUGGUACGACCCCUACGACCAACUUAGUCAUUCCCGUCCCUACGCAAACUCCCGCAUGCAACUCAUCAGUACCUGUCUUAUUUGGAGGACCACAACAGUCUGCCAAUACCGUCGUCGCCAGUGAUUCCUCUUUGAUUCCAUUUCUUGCCGCACCUCCAGAAGGAAGAAGUAAAACGCCACAACCAGGAACAUUGCCAAAUAGUUGUGACCCUACCAUAAUCCAGCAAAAAGAAGCCACACCACCACAAGAUCUCCCUCCUCUUCCUCCUUCUGCACCCACUAUCCAAGUCCAAGAACAAGAUCCCACCUUGGUCCCUUCACAAACUCCAGCCGCUCUACUAGUUCCUCCCUCAACGUCCUCCUCGGAAAAUAGUCGUCGUCCCUCAACCAUCAUGUUGGGCGAACUCAGUGAAGACGCCCAACGUCUCAACAGCGAACUUGUCUCUGUAUUUUUGGACGGAAAUAGACGGGACUCGGUCGUCUCCAUACCCACAUCCGUCGUAGGUGGUGGUGAUCGGUGUGGGAUGGGUGGCGGAUUGAGUGAGGAGGACUUUAGCAAUUCCAACUCGAAUUCGUCGACCCAUACGAGUAGUCAUAUUUCCCCCUCCGCUGUAAAACCCAGAGAAAAAUCAUCCCCAACCGGAAUCAAGCUACAACUGGAUAUUGCAACGGCCCAGAGAUUUCAACAACAGCAAAUUGAUGCCAUGAUAGCAUCUGGAAUGCCGGCCGGAAUACCACAAUCCGCACCGUGCAUGGGGGAUCAACAGCAUCUGCUCAAUCAAGAGCAAACCAUGCCCCAUGCAGAAAGCAUGAUGACCGACCUGAGCUCUACCGACCCUGCCGAAACUGAACGCCGUGCCGAGAAGAAGAAGCUUGUCCGUCGUCGCAAAACUGGGGAUAAAGGUCCCAAACUAACGCUCCUCAGCGUCAACGGAACUGUGGUUGAAUGUCAGUUAGAGACAGGAAAGCAGAAAACUGUCACGUUCAAGUUCGACUGUGAGGACCUCGUUCCAUCAGACGUGGCAAAAAAUUUGGUGGCGGAAAAUCUACUGUCAGACUCCCACCUGGAAACGUUUGUCGAAAUGGUGGAGGAUAUCAUGCAUCAAGUGAGGGCGAAACCUGGCACCAUGCCCGUGGUGAGACAUCCCAUGGACAAAGCACUGGCCCACUCCGACGGAGGGUUGGACGGUGGCGAAAUGCAGUUCAAGCUUUCGGAAGGGAUUCCUUUGGGUUGUCUGCGAGAAGAGGAGUACGAGAUGUCAUUUGACCAAAAUGACUCCCCCGACUCGUCCCUAUGUUUGCAGCAUCCUCAACCUUUACAACAAGCACCUGCCACUGCGCCAGUGAUCUCUUCAUCAAAUGCUUCCUCUGGAUCCCGAUUCAAAGUCACUCCCGUGAAAGAAGAGUCUCCUGCACCGGAUGACGCAUCACUAGCUUCUCAACUCCAGUUCAUGACUAAUCAGCCGAACAAUGCUCCUUUGGAACACCACGAACAUGCCCCAUUCCCAAGUUACGGUCAAAACCAAGGACAACCUUACAAUGCGGUAGAUGGGCCAUCAUCAUUGCAGCCUCAAAUUGAACAGCAAUCUCAAUCUCAACCACAGCAGUUGCAACAACAACAACAGCAGACCCAACAACAUCAAAUUCCAUCUGAAGGAAUUCAAAGUGGUAGAAACCAACACCCUGGCUUCUCUCAGUCCGACUAUCAUCCAACAAUGCCUCAAAAUUUCCCUCAUUUCCUGGAAAAUUUUGAAAACUCUUUACAAGGCACGCCAGAAAUGACACUGAUUACGGGAGGUGAUUCUAAAAGAGGAAUGCUGCAGCAAGCUUCUCUCGACAAGGAUAAGCCGGAUAGCGGUCCCUUCACUUUUGAAGAUCUUCAACAAAAGCUGCAAAUGGUGACACAUCCGCCUACUCAAGCUUCCACGGCAUCCACGAACGUCCCGUCCGGUGGAGAUAACCCUGCAAAUGUAAAUGUUGGUGGGACUGAACCUUCUCCUAGUAAUCAGGGUGGACUCACAUCAGAAGAUAACAACACUGCUGGUGGUGGUGGCGUUGCCGAGAACAAACCACUCCUCGAGGUCAAAUCUAUUCGUCGCGGCAGAUUCAGCGUUGUGACUCACAAGCCGGAAGAGAUCGAGGAGGUCGUUCCCCUCAUUGAGAUGGGUCAUCCCCUGCCAGAUAUGAUUGGUCAGGAGGCGUAUGCUACCCAAUCUAACGCGAUGGGAGGAGGAGGAGGCUCCGGGAGUGAAAUGUAUUUUGGUCAACACCUCAAUCUUGGCCAUCUGAACCACCCACAAUAUUUCCACCAGCAACCUCACCACUUUCAUCCCCAUCAUCAGUACAUGACACCACUUGGGCAAGGGGGUUAUCUUCCGCCAGGCUCUUAUUCGCCUGGGCCACCUCAAGGACAGAUAAUGCUGGAUAAUCGGAAUCCGGCCCAUCAAGACAUACUUCUCCAGCAGCAGCAGCAACAACAGCAGCAACAACAACAACAACAGCAGCAGCAACAGCAACAGAAUAUGUACUGUCCUUCCUCGGACCAGCAACCUCCCCACCUAGAUUCUGCGGCUGGGGGUGUACCAUCCUCCUCCGAACUACAGUACUUGGAGUCGAAUCGACCUUCGUCCUCCCUCUCAACUGGUGCUCCGAGCACUCAGACCACUACUACUGGUUUCAUGAUGCCAUCUUCUUCGUCACCUCUCAUGUUUCCUGCUCCUACUCUAAUACCUUAUCUGCCCACGGGCUCUUCUUGGUCAUCGCCAACAAACUUUGCACGUCCCCCUCCUCCGCACCCGAUGAUGUACAACACUGGGGGACCACAAAAUUAUUACGGUAGUGGUGGUGGGACAAUAAUAUCCAUCCCAUACUAUGCACCGGACACUACUAUUAAUACUAGUAAUAAUAGCAACUCUUCGACACCACGUCGCCGAAAAAUCUCGGUAAUUCAACGCCCCCACGCUUUACAACUCCAACUCGCUGUCGACAAUCGUAAAAAUGACGAGAGCAACAUUACGGGUGGUAAUGAUGACAAUAAUGAUUCUACAAAACCGACUCCUGACCAACAAGCACCUCCCGAUAUGUCAUCCACCACUACAAGUGCACCUCCCACUUCACAGAUCACUGACGACGAUGGAUUCCCCUCUGCGAAACGUUCCGGCUCAUUCUCCUCCCUCCUUCUCGAGCAGAGUAAACGACGGAAUGCUGCCUCCUCCGACCUCCCCUCUAAACUUUGUGAAAUUUUCGCCUCCGGAGCCUACCGUCGACCCCAAAACCUCACCGCGAUGAAAUCCCUCACAAAGUCGUGUGCCGAUCUGCGCCGCACGGAUUCAAGUUCGUCCCCCUCUCUGCCAACCUCGCCCUUGAGCAAGGCACCACCCGCCUCACAGUUCAUCUCGGUUCCCACUUCCUCCUCGUCAUCUCCGUCCAAAGGGGAGCCUUCCAUUGUGAGCACCUCGGCACCGGACAGAUACCCGAAACUGUACCCACUUUCCCCCGACUAUUUAGAAGAGGAUGACAUUCUCCUUGAGAAACAACAUUACCAAACUAUCCACUGCUGUGCGACGAUGUCAAGUAGUCCAAAUAGGUCCAGUCUCAUGUCUCCGCCACCACGUCGCCGUCACAACGUGUUUCAACCAAGCAAUAGACCGUCCCCACUUUUGAGCAGGAAAUCCAAUGAGACGCAGUACGUUGCUAAAAACGACCAAAGUUCCAUGUCCGAUUCGGACGACGAGUAUUUCCAACACCAGUUAAAAGUGUCUCCUAUUAAAACGAGUCCCACGAAGCCGCCUGUCUUGCCGUCCUCCGCCCUACGAGACGAUCCCACCCUUCUGCUAAAAACCAAGUUGAAACAGACCCACUCACUCGUAAAUCUCCCUGCUAAUGUGCAAAAAGAAGCAGCGUCAGUUAAUAAAUUAUUGUCUCCCCCACAACAACCGUCUACACCUUCGACUGCUAAUUUCGGGUUAGGCAGUGGUCCUUGGAUUGACCCCGUGUACCACACUGUGCAUGGAUUGGCAUCCCCUUCCCGAAGUGGUGGUGGUAGUGCUGGGAACUUUGGCCCCUUUGGAAAACAAUAUUCUAGUCAUAAUAAUAGCAAUAGUUCUCGAAUGAUGACAAUGAUGCCGAUGAUGAAUAGUGAGUGGGAGUAUGACUUUGAUGGCACUGGAGGGAUUGACGAGGGAUGUUAUGACGGGGAUUACAAUGCUGACCCAGGGUUCCGUGGGUUUCCGGGAUAUGGGACGUAUUACAAUAAUAAUAACAAUAGUCGAAGGGCAGGUUCUCCCUCUGGGUCAUCGAGCGGAUAUAAGACCAUGUACCCCUCCACUGCGUAUAAUGAUCCAGGGCUGAUGAAAUUUCUUAAGGAAAGGGACAGGGAGCGAGUUUCGUACUCCACAAUGGACUACCAGAAUAUGUAUGAUGACGACAAUUCUGCACCAACCGGUGGUGGUCCAUCUGGAGAAGGAACUGGAAGACCGAAACGCAGAUCGUAUGAAAAUGAUCCCGAGUACCAAGAAUUGUUGGGAAAGCAUAAAUUGGAAGAAGAAGAAAUGCGUCGAAAACAUCGUGUAGAAUUUGACAUAUUUUUAAAACGACGUAAAGCGAGAAUAGCAGCUGCGGCUGCAGCUGCUGCAGCAUCGCAAAAUCAAGCAAGUGUUCAACAGCAGCAACAAUUACAACAACAAUCUUAUCUGGCUCAUCAACAAUACUUCCAAGCACAACAACAAGCCGCUAUGGCUGCGGCACAGUUGAUGGCUCAACAACAACAACAGCAAUACGGUAGUGGUGGGCCUCGACUUCCUGGACCAGGAAUGAUGCAGGUUCAGCAACCACCUCAGCAAGGAAACAACGACCAGUUUCAGCAACAUCUCGCUCGAUAUGCGGCCAUGGCCCAGUUGGCGUUACAGCAACAGCAGCAACAACAGAAUUAUCCAAUGCAGCAACAACAAGGUCAACCAGGUCCUAAUUUAACCCUCCCCCUCGGCCUAUCCGUCAAUUAUCAGGAACAUUUGCAGAAUAUGGUGAAUUACGGUGGUGGCGGUGAGGUUGGUGGGCACAGCGUGUCGCCAUCCCCUUCCAUCUCUCCUGGACCCGUAGCCAUGUCUCCCGUACCGUAUAACGAACAUUCCAAUAGUACAGGACAACAGAUAUCAACACAACCGGAGGGUCAUACUACCAAUGUUGUCAUGGACAGUCCAGAAAUUAGCGCUAAAAGUGGUCCCGGUUCAUCUCCAGAUACUCCGACGAGAAAUUUGGGAGGAGGAGGAGGUGGUCAAAUAAUGGAAAUGCAAUCCGGCGGUGGUGGCGGAUCUCCGUACGGAUUCGUUUCUUCGCCCUAUGGGGCUUUUAGACCAGUAAUUUCUGCCUCGAAUCCUUCCAAUCAAAUGCCUCAGUAUCAUCACCCUGCCGCCUUUGCAAGCUAUUACCUUCAGCCUCACCACACUUUCAUGGGCAUGCAACCAUUCAUGCAACAGGGCAUGAGGUAUGUGACUCCGGCCGGCAUGAUGUUCCCUGGACCUCCUCCCGCCGGUGGUCAAUGGGUUUUUGGAAAUAAUCCUCCACGGAGUGCUGGAAGUUCUAUGAAUUUAAAUUAUGGGCCACCCCUACAACAACAGCAGCAGCCAGCGAGUGGCAGUCCUUCCUCUCACAAUCCACAACAGCAACAACAAUAGACCUGGCCAUCGUCCUCGCAUUAUCCUAUGCUCGCCUUUUAAUACUAUAAUAAUUGUACAUUAAUAAUUGUAUUUGGUCCUCCUCCUAGUCAAGCCAGUUAUAAGUGUUGUACUAAAUAUUUAGUUUGCUAAAUUGGACAGCAGAUUUGUACUUCCUGUGAUGAACUACAUAAUUUUUGUAUAGCAGUUCAUUUUUGCCUAAUUAAUUUGCAUGCACUUUAGUUUGCAUAAAAAAUGAACGAAAUUCAAUGAACGAUCAAAUCAGAAUCAAAGCUAUUUGCAUUGUCAAAUUAAGUAGUACUUAUUCAGUUAACUAAUUAUUAUGAUGACGGCAACGCAGCGCAUAAAAUAAAAUCGCAUUUCAAUCAUGCAAGAAACUUGUAAAAUUAUGACAUACUCGCUUCGUCGAUCGAUAGCUAAAAAGCUAAGACUAACUGACUGGAUUGAAUCUUGAUAAAUAUUUUGUGCUACUAACUAAUACAUAAUUUAUAAAAUAAUUACUGUGUCCCUAAACAAGCUGCAUAGUUUUAAACUUAUACUUAGUAAUGCUUAUUAGUUCGAAAACGUUGAAAACAUAGUGUUCAGUAGAAAGUCGUUUUACACCAUCAUGAAAACGAAUCAAAGCAUGUUACACAUAAUUAUAGCAACCCAUGUGUAUUAAUAAUUGUUGUACGAUUGACCAACCAAGCAAGUUUGUGUGCAGUUUGCUGAUAAAAACUAUAAAAAGUACUUUUGUAACUUUAAGAAAAAGUAACGUCUUAUCGACUGAUAUCAUUUACGGAUUGUAUAUGUUCAAGUACGAACAAUUGGUGAACACCACGGAGAACUUAAAAGUUAAAUCGUACAUGUGACGAAAAUUUUUACGAUAUAAUAUGAUUUUAAUUAGUUUGAUGAUUAUAAUUUAGCCAAUUGAUUGAAUUUCUAUAUAUUCAUGGACGUGUGUAUGUAAAUGAAUUGCUUCUUGCGUUACGAUACUCUCUCUAGUCUCUAAUUAUUAAUAAUAUCAGUGAUGCCUACUUGAUUGUAUAAUUACAUUUAAAAUAUUGCCGUAAUUUAAAUUAUGUUUGUGCAUUUCAUGGAAUUGGUGAUGCACAUGAAUUUAAUUAUUAUUCUAUUUACUUUAACAAUUAUUUACGUGCCUGCAAGAAAAAGAAUCUCGAAUUUUACUAUUUAUUAUGAUUUUCAAAUAUCAAUUAGAUUCAUUCUUAUCAUUUUAUUAAGUAUUUCGAUACAUAUUUAGCUUAUUAUCCUAAUAAUUUUACACAUGCAAAAUCUUAUAAUUGUAAAAUCUUUAAAUAUGAUUUAAUUUCUUUAAAAAAACUUUGUCCACUUUGACAUUUGUGAUGCUAGAAUGCUAUCUUCGCAUGGAUUAAUUUACCUUAAAAAUAAUAAUCAUGCCAUGUAAAAUUUCUUUACACAUUUUGUAUACGUGGCUUUUUGGGCGCCAGAUUGCUAUCAUUGGUUUAGUUUAAUUUAAUUAUCUAAUUGAUUUGAAUAAUUAAUUAUUAAAAAAUAUUCCUAAAGAACGAAGUGAAAAUUUGUCGCCAUCUUCGCCACACACAGAGAUACAUACAUCCGCCUCACAUAUUGCUACGCCUGAGAGGUAAAAGUCGUGUAAAGAAUUUUUUAAAUGUAGUCAACUAACUUUUAAUUAGUUAAUUGCUUGAAAAUGAUGGCAAUUCAGAAAACAUUAAAUAAAUGCAAAGACUGAUGAUGAA